UUGUUUGAGAUAGGGUUUCUUUAUAUGACAGUUCUGGUUUUCCGGGAUUUGUAGACCAGGCUGGCCUUCUACUCACAGAAAUUUCAUCUGCCUCUGCCUUCCUGAGUCCUGAGUGCUGUGAUUAAAGGCAUGUGCCACCAUGCCUGGUUGAGAAGUAAAAUCUUGCUAGCAAGUCAUUCAGUAUUUAAGAUAGUAUUGGGGAAAGUUGGUGACAAGUGUUUUCCCGAAAUGUUGAAGAAUGAUUAUAUUUUAAGGUUGGGCUUUUUUAACCUUUGAAAGUAAUGCUGGAUUGGAUUGAGAGAUUUGAAGCAUACUGUGAGAUAAUUGCACACUUGAAUGAGUAUGUAAUUGCUUACAUUCCAAACCCAGUUUACUGUGUAGUGCAUUUGGUCUUCCUCUUCAUUAGUAUGUUAUUGACGGGGUAAUGUGCAAGUUCCAGAGGCUCUGUGAGUUUAGCAAACUUAAUUCUAAAGAGAUGCAACCUGAAAAUAAGAGAUUAAAAUGGGGGUAGCUAGUGCUUUUCUUAUUUUCUACACUGAAACGACUAUUUCCUGUUCUCAGGUUUUAAGCAUAUGACCUGUCAAUGAGAUAGAUGAUUUGGAAUUAAUACCUGAAGGGCUGGUGAGAUGGCUCAGUAGCAAGCCUGAGUUCCAUCUUGGGAACCCACGUGAAAGAAUGAGAGAACUGACUCCAGUAGUUUGUCCUUUGGUCUACACACAUGUGCUGUAGCAUGCACGUGUACACACACUCCCAAUACACAAAAUAAAUAAAUGAAUACAUGCAAGGGACAUUUAUCUUAAAUUCACAGUGUUGCAUUGUUAAUUCCAGAGACUUUGCUUAGUCUUAUCAAAUGGUAAAUAACGUUUGGUGAAAUGACUUGUACUACAGGGUACCAAAACAGGACUUGAAUUGUCACUUGCAGAGAUUUUAGUAAUCUUGCUCUGAAUCCAGUACAAUUUCAUGUGUUUCUCAUAAUGAAUAGAGAGUGAAGAGGCACAGGAGCUUGUAAAUAAAGGAGAUUGCCAAGUGACUUACUUAAAAAGGAGCAGUUUGCCAGAGAAAAGGAUAUUUAACUGCUUUAAAUGUGGGCAUGCAUAUAUUUUUCAGCAGUUACAUAGAGCUAGAAAAUCACAUCUUGAAAUAGUAGUGCUAAUUAUUUCCGUGCUUGGUCCAUCCCUGGGGUAUUAAAACUUUUAAUUGCCCUGUUUUCUUUCUUGCUUUUUUUCCACUCAUAAGCUCCUGAUGUCCUCCCUAACAUUGUACCAUCCCCCCCCACCUGCUUCCUGCUAGUUGGGAGUGGGAGAGACCUCAGUGGUGGGUAUGUUUUGGGUUAUAUGAGCUCCAACAUUGAGGUAUGUUGUAGUUUCUGUGUGUGACUAGGGGACAAUAGAUAUUGUGAAGCUUACUAUUCCACAUAUGUCUUGUAAGAAGUGGUUUUGUUCUUUCAAAUCACAUUUGUCUCCUGUGAUACAGGGUUAGCUCCUGUGAUACUGGGUGGUGAUGGAGUGGCAGAGUAUUGGAGCUGCUGGAGGUUUUAUUACUAGACUGUUCUUGGUGGUGUUUUUAAAUGGCACAGGGUGGCACAGAGGAAGACAGGCGGAUGCUCAUGCUCAAGAAGUUUCAUAUGUUAUCUGGAAUUCUUAUAUACAAUUUUACUUAUUUUUGAUGAAUUAAAUUUAAGAGUACUUUAGCAUUAAAAUGGCUGUUGCUGUAUGUACUUUAUUCCUCCCUUUGCAGUUUUGCUUUCUUAUAGGAGAAUUUGGUGUGAGCUGUUUGAAUCUUGUUUUCUCCCUAGCAGAAAGAGAGAAAGUACUUGAAAAAAGAAAAAGGAUUUGGAUUUUCAGAUGGAAACAAAAGGAUAUGGAGAGCCUGGGAGACAUUCGUUGAUGAAUGGAUUGAUGGAUUGGUUGAGACCACGUCUGUUGUAGAACUCUGGAUCCUCUUGCCUUCUCCCAGAACCAUCUGAUAACUUAAGGGAGAUCCUCCAAAAUGUGGCCAAAUUGCAAGGAGUAUCAAAUAUGAGAAAGUUGGGCCAUCUGAAUAACUUCACUAAGCUUCUUUGUGAUAUUGGCCAUAGCGAAGAAAAACUGGGCUUUAAUUAUGAAGACAUCAUAAUUUGUUUGCGUUUAGCUUUAUUAAACGAAGCAAAAGAAGUGAGAGCAGCAGGGUUGCGAGCACUGCGAUAUCUCAUCCAAGAUUCCAGUAUUCUGCAGAAGGUGCUAAAAUUGAAAGUGGACUAUUUAAUAGCUAGGUGCAUUGACAUCCAGCAGAGCAAUGAGGUGGAGAGGACACAAGCACUUCGCUUAGUCAGAAAGAUGAUUACUGUGAACGCUUCCUUGUUUCCUAGUUCUGUGGCCAACUCAUUAAUUGCAGUUGGAAAUGAUGGACUUCAAGAAAGAGACAGAAUGGUCCGGGCAUGCAUUGCCAUUAUCUGUGAACUAGCACUUCAGAACCCAGAGGUGGUAGCCCUUCGAGGCGGACUAAACACCAUCCUGAAAAAUGUGAUUGAUUGCCAAUUAAGUCGAAUAAAUGAGGCCCUCAUUACUACAAUUUUGCACCUUCUUAAUCAUCCAAAGACCCGACAGUAUGUGCGAGCUGAUGUAGAAUUAGAGCGAAUUUUAGCACCCUAUACUGAUUUCCACUACAGACAUAGUCCAGACACAGCUGAAGGACAGCUCAAAGAAGACAGAGAAGCACGAUUUCUAGCCAGUAAAAUGGGAAUCAUCGCAACAUUCCGCUCAUGGGCAGGUAUUAUUAAUUUAUGUAAACCUGGGAACUCUGGGAUCCAAUCUCUAAUUGGAGUACUUUGCAUACCAAAUAUGGAAAUAAGGCGAGGUCUGCUUGAGGUGCUCUAUGACAUAUUUCGUCUCCCUCUACCUGUUGUGACAGACGAGUUCAUAGAAGCCCUGCUCAGUGUAGAUCCAGGAAGGUUCCAGGACAGUUGGAGGCUUUCAGAUGGCUUUGUGGCAGCUGAGGCAAAGACUAUUCUUCCCCAUCGUGCUAGAUCCAGGCCAGACCUUAUGGACAAUUACUUGGCACUGAUACUUUCUACAUUUAUUCGUAAUGGACUUUUAGAGGGCCUGGUUGAAGUGAUAACGAACAGUGACGAACACAUCUCAGUUAGAGCCACCAUCCUUUUAGGAGAGCUCUUACAUAUGGCAAACACAAUUCUUCCUCAUUCGCAUAGCCAUCAUUUGCAUUGCUUGCCAACCCUUAUGAAUAUGGCUGCAUCCUUCGAUAUUCCCAAGGAAAAGAGACUUCGAGCCAGUGCAGCCCUGAACUGUUUAAAACGCUUCCAUGAAAUGAAGAAACGAGGACCUAAGCCUUAUAGCCUUCAUUUAGAUCACAUCAUUCAGAAAGCAAUUGCAACACACCAGAAACGGGAUCAAUAUCUUCGGGUUCAGAAAGAUAUAUUUGUUCUUAAGGAUACAGAGGAAACUCUUUUAGUAAACCUUAGGGACAGCCAAGUCCUUCAACAUAAGGAAAAUCUUGAAUGGAAUUGGAAUCUUAUUGGGACCAUUCUUAAGUGGCCAAAUGUAAAUCUAAGAAACUAUAAAGAUGAACAGUUGCACAGGUUCGUGCGCAGACUUCUUUAUUUUUACAAGCCCAGCAGUAAGCUGUAUGCCAGUCUAGAUCUGGACUUUGCCAAGUCCAAGCAGCUCACAGUUGUCGGCUGUCAGUUUACAGAGUUUCUUCUUGAGUCUGAAGAGGAUGGGCAGGGAUACUUAGAAGAUCUUGUGAAAGAUAUUGUUCAGUGGCUCAAUGCUUCAUCUGGGAUGAAACCUGAAAGAAGCCUUCAGAAUAAUGGUUUACUGACCACCCUUAGUCAACACUACUUCUUAUUUAUUGGAACACUUUCUUGUCAUCCUCAUGGAGUAAAAAUGCUGGAAAAAUGCAGUGUCUUUCAGUGUCUUCUUAAUCUUUGCUCUUUGAAAAACCAAGAUCACCUGCUGAAACUCACUGUUUCUAGCCUCGACUAUAGCAGAGAUGGAUUAGCUAGAGUCAUUCUUUCAAAAAUCCUCACUGCAGCUACUGAUGCCUGCAGAUUGUAUGCAACAAAACAUUUAAGGGUUUUAUUAAGAGCUAAUGUUGAAUUCUUCAACAAUUGGGGAAUAGAGUUACUAGUGACUCAGCUACAUGAUAAAAACAAAACAAUUUCUUCUGAAGCUCUGGAUAUCCUUGAUGAAGCUUGUGAAGACAAGGCCAAUCUUCAUGCUCUUAUUCAGAUGAAACCAGCUUUAUCCCACCUUGGUGACAAGGGCUUGCUUCUCCUCUUGAGAUUUCUCUCCAUUCCAAAAGGAUUUUCCUAUCUGAAUGAAAGGGGUUAUGUAGCAAAACAAUUGGAAAAAUGGCACAAGGAAUACAAUUCAAAAUAUGUUGACUUAAUUGAGGAACAACUUAAUGAAGCACUCACUACAUACAGAAAACCUAUUGAUGGUGAUAACUACGUUCGUCGGAGUAACCAAAGAUUACAACGACCUCAUGUCUAUCUGCCGGUACAUCUUUAUGGACAACUGGUACACCACAAAACAGGAUGUCAUUUACUAGAAGUACAGAAUGUUAUCACAGAACUCUGUCACAAUGUUCGCACUCCAGACUUGGAUAAAUGGGAAGAAAUUAAAAAACUGAAAGCCGCUCUUUGGGCCUUGGGAAAUAUUGGCUCAUCGAAUUGGGGGCUUAAUUUGCUACAGGAAGAAAAUGUGAUUCCAGAUAUACUAAAACUUGCAAAACAGUGUGAGGUUCUUUCCAUCAGAGGGACCUGUGUAUAUGUUCUUGGGCUCAUAGCUAAAACCAAGCAAGGCUGUGAUAUUCUAAAAUGUCACAGCUGGGAUUCUGUGAGGCACAGUCGCAAGCAUCUGUGGCCAGUGGUUCCAGAUGAUGUGGAACAGCUCUGCAAUGAGCUCUCUUCUGUCCCAAGCACCCUCAGUUUGAACUCUGAGUCAACCAGCUCUAGACAUAACAGUGAAAGUGAGUCUGCACCAUCAAGCAUGUUCAUACUGGAGGAUGACCGGUUCGGCAGCAGCUCCACCAGUACAUUUUUCCUUGACAUCAAUGAAGAUGCAGAGCCAGCAUUUUAUGACCGACCUGGACCCAUAAAGGAUAAAAAUUCAUUUCCUUUUUUUGCCUCUAGCAAACUUGUAAAGAAUCGUAUCUUAAAUUCACUUACUUUGCCUAAUAAAAAGCACCGUAGUAGCAGUGAUCCAAAAGGAGGAAAACUGUCGUCUGAAAAUAAGACAAGCAACCGGCGAAUCAGAACACUUACAGAGCCCAGUGUUGACUUUAAUCACAGUGAUGACUUUACACACAUCUCCACAGCACAGAAAACAUUACAGCUAGAAACUUCCUUUGUUGGGAAUAAGCACCUUGAAGACACUGGCAGCACUCCAAGUAUUGGAGAGAAUGACUUGAAAUUCCCCAAGAGCUUUGGUACAGAGAAUCACAGAGAAAACACAAGCCGGGAGAAGUUGGUUGUAGAAAGUUCAACAAGCUCACAUAUGAAGAUCCGCAGCCAAAGCUUCAACACAGACACUACAACAAGUGGCAUAAGUUCAAUGAGCUCAAGUCCCUCUCGAGAGACAGUUGGUACAGACCCUACAACUAUGGACACAGACUGUGGAAGUAUGAGUACUGUGGUAAGUACUAAAACUGUUAAGACAAGCAACUAUUUGACACCACAGUCUAACCAUCUGUCUCUCUCCAAAUCGAAUUCAGUGUCCCUGGUGCCACCAGGUUCUUCUCAUACACUUCCUAGAAGAGCACAGUCCCUUAAAGCGCCCUCCAUUGCAACAAUAAAAAGUCUAGCAGAUUGCAACUUUAGCUACACAAGUUCCAGAGAUGCCUUUGGCUAUGCUACAUUGAAAAGAUUACAACAGCAAAGAAUGCACCCAUCCUUAUCACACUCCGAAGCUUUGGCAUCCCCAGCAAAAGACGUACUGUUUACUGAUACGAUCACCAUGAAGGCCAACAGUUUUGAGUCAAGACUGACACCAAGCAGGAUCGAUUUUAAAAAGAAGCAUGUCGGGGGAAUCAGGAGCUUAAGACCUACAAUAACAAACAACCUUUUCAGGUUUAUGAAAGCUUUAAGUUACGCAUCAUUAGAUAAAGAAGAUUUAUUAAGUCCUAUUAAUCAAAAUACCCUGCAGCGAUCUUCCUCAGUUAGGUCCAUGGUAUCCAGUGCUACAUAUGGAGGUUCUGAUGACUACAUUGGACUUGCCCUUCCAGUGGACAUCAAUGAUAUAUUCCAGGUAAAGGAGAUUCCUUAUUUUCAGUCAAAGUACUUGCCUCCACCAGAUGACCGAGGUACAAAAAUGUUUUCCCAAGAUUCAGGAGGUCUUCCAUCUGGAACCGGCGGUCUUGUAAAAAACUCUUUUCACUUGCUACGGCAGCAGAUGAGUCUCACGGAAAUAAUGAACUCUGUCCAUUCAGACGCCUCUCUGUUUUUAGAGAGCACAGAAGACACUGGACUACAGGAGCACACAGAUGACAAUUGCCUUUACUGUGUCUGCAUCGAAAUUCUGGGCUUCCAGCCCAGUAACCAGCUAAGUUCCAUAUGUAGUCACUCAGACCUUCAAGAUAUUCCAUAUUCUGAUUGGUGUGAGCAGACGAUCCACAAUCCCUUAGAAGUGGUUCCCUCUAAGUUCUCGGGGAUUUCUGGGUGCAGCGAUGGUGCAUCUCAAGAAGGCUCAGCCAGCAGCACCAAAAGCACAGAGCUGCUACUGGGUGUGAAAACCAUUCCAGAUGAUACACCAAUGUGCCGUAUCCUGCUUCGUAAAGAAGUGCUAAGAUUAGUCGUCAAUUUGAGUAGUUCUGUUUCUACCAAGUGUCAUGAAACAGGGCUUUUGACAAUUAAAGAGAAAUAUCCUCAAACAUUUGAUGACAUAUGCCUUUAUUCUGAAGUUUCUCAUUUGUUGUCACACUGCACAUUUAGACUUCCAUGCCGGAGGUUCAUACAAGAGUUAUUUCAGGACGUACAAUUUUUACAAAUGCAUGAAGAAGCAGAGGCUGUGUUGGCAAUUCCACCAAAACAACCUAUAGUUGAUGAAUCUGACGAAUCCUGACCUCAUAUUUAUGAUGUUUAUAGCUAGAUACUAUAUAUUUAUCCAUACUUGUGGAUUUCCUAAAGGCCUCAUGAAAUACUGACUGGCUGUCAGCGAGACGGGAGUAUCUUCUGUCCCAGCAGUCAUUGGUACAGAACAGCUGCAACUGCUGUCAUCCCUAACUAAGCCAACUUCCUCUUCCCUGUUGGGCCCUUCUCGGGGCUGUGAUUCAUUACCACCGUUAAUUCGGUUACCAUCAUAUGCAAGAGCCAAGCACUGAAUGCCUACAUAGGUUUUCUAUUUUUUUAUUUUAAAAGCAUAAUGACAGUGGAACAGAAACAGGACAUGAAGAUGCACCCUUCACAUAGUUAUUUCUGAAUGCUUUUAACUAGGGUAAAUCAAAAGGACGCCUUGUUUGUUAGCUAAUUCAUGGGAACCAGGAGUCACUGUCUCUGAGGCGGCAUCCUGUUAUCCCAUAGGCUGUGCUGUAACUGCUGGUAUCAGGGCUCGCUGGCCCUUCCACAUUUCCUUAAUGUUUGUAACACUACUUCAGAGGUUUCUGACCUCAGAGCAAAAGAAGAGCCUCAGCAAUUGGAACUAUAAUGUUAUUUUAUGUUGUUAGACUGCUUAAAGAUGCUUUUUUGUUUUCCAUCUCUCCAGGUUGUUGCAAUAUGUUGUUAAAGGUUAUUUGUACCAAUUAAGGGUUUUCACUACAGUUGUUGAUUAAAAUGAAUCGUUCAAUUGAAAUGCUUCUCAUGUCCGAGUACACACACACACACACACACACACACACACACACACACACACACACACACACAGUGGACUGCCAUCCUCAUGAGCUCCUCUCACCACUUUAAACAGACUGAGCAAGUUAUUGGUAGUCUGCAUCCAAAGCAAAGGAAAGCAUUAAGUGAUACUUUCAGUCUCUUAAAGAAAAGACAAGUUUGCCUAAAAUUUACACAUUCCAUGUAAAAAAGAAGAGCCAUAUUUGUGUUUAAAAAGUUAUUGAGACUCAUUAAGGUUAAAAAUUGUGGUGAAAAGCCUUAAUUACUAAAUUUUAAAGCCGUGGCAAUGUCAUUUUUGUUAGUGUUCUUGUUUUGCACAAAAUAAUUGCAGUUGUAGGUGAGUUGAAGAGUACAGUCAUUGCCUUUAUCACAUGUGUGAAGUUGAUGAAGGCAGGGUUUUGUCUGUCUGUCUAAUUUGUGUAUGUAUAAAGAUAUUUGGAAAUCUUUACAGAAAUUAAAGAAAUAUGCAAAUUUGUACAUAAGGUAGCAUGAACAUCAUUACUAGAAUGCUUGUGAGUGAAAGGGUUAUUUUUCUUGGAAUAAUAUGUAUAGAACAAAAACAUCCAGCUGGACUGACUACCGUUUUGUAACUGCUUUGUGUGGCCUGUUUUUACAGUUACACAUCAGCUUGAACACCAUCAUAUACAUCAGUCCAUGUUUUCCCAUGCUGUACACCCUUUUCAUAAUGGGCUUGUUUGUGAGACCUGGGAAACAGAACUCACAGAGAUUGUUUUAACUGGCACUGAAAGCUCCCACUAGGAUGAAGCAUUUCAUCUCCCUCCUAACUCCUCUGACUGCACUUCAGCAAAUUGUUCUUACAUGCACUGUGUGGCAAUUUCCAUGACAAUAAAGCAGACAAGGGCUCUAAGCUGCUGCUUACACGGUUCUUCUCAUUCACUCAGAAAAUCCAGUGAGGGUAAAACUUUGAACUUCAUCACUGAACCCAAGUGUUUAUUUAAAUGUCAACAGUACUUCUAAGAACAUUGCCUAUCACCUUGGUCUUUGGUAUUGGAUAAUAAAACUGCCUUCCCAGAGAACCAAAUGUCAGAGAUACUAGACCAAAUGUGGUUACAAUCCCAAAGGAAGGAAUGUAAUCUUACUCAUAAUGGGAUUAACAUUUUAGACAUUCAUUUUAAACACUACCUCAGUUAACAUAGAGUAUAAAAUCUGUGGUUUCAUCCCUCAAAAAUUAACAGUAACUAUUUUUAUUUUUCAUCACACAAAACUAUUCCCCAUCCUGCGCACCUAAGUCAGCCAUCCCUAAAUUAAGACUAUGCCUAGUGUCCUAAGCAGGUGUUUGUUUUGUUUUGACUUUUGACUGUUACUUUGAAAGGUGUGUGUGUGUGUGUGUGUGUGUGUGUGUGUGUGUGUGUGUGUGUGUGUGUGUGUGUGAUAUCUGCCUAUAGCACUUACUUUGGGAAGAUAUUGGAGCUUUGUGAUGAUAAGUCUAUUGGAGGAAAUUGUCUAUGCUUAAAUUUAUAGUGCUAUGUGGUUUAACCAUGGUUUCACCAGGAGGUGUAAUACAUUUCCUUUAAGUGCUUGUAUAAAAGUAGACUUUCAUGAUGAAAACUACAUGCAGUGCCAAGUGAUUAGUGUAGGUGUUUUAUGACUAUUAAAUUAUAGCAGAAAAAGUUAGGAAUGAUGUCAAUGGUAAUAGAAAUCAUUGAAAAAUCAUCUAUAAAUAGAUAUUACCAAAAUAAUGUCAAUACUGUAGUUUUUCAAAAGCUUAGAAUUAAUCUUAGUCACAUAAAUUUGUACUAUUGGUAAUUAUUUAAUAAUUUGGAGGAGUUUGAACAGUUAAGCUGGUUGUAAACUGUGAAUUUCUAAUCGUAAAUUGUCAUUUCUAAUUGAAUUUUUUCAAGAACAGAUUUCAGCUUCGCAUACUAAGUAAAUACUGACAAAUAAGGAGAAAUUUAGUAUUUAUAAGAAAAUAGGCUCUAAAAUUUCUUGUCCGUUUAUUUUCUGUUUGUGCUUAGGGUAUAUUGGAGGAGGAAAGUGUUCUCCCUGACUGUAGUAUUUCUAAUAAAGAGUAACAAAUAGACAUCCCUGAGACAGUGAUAUUACAAGACUGUUGGAAGUGUAUGCACAGUUGCUGUGGUGAUGUAACAGGUCACUGCGAGCAGUGUCUUCAGCAGCAUUCCACUCUUGUCCAGAGCAUGAGAUGGUUAAAGCUGAAUUCCAUGUCACCAUGGUGGAGUGUUCAAAGUGGGAUGUCACUGUUUAUUUAAUUUGUCUACUGCUAUUUAUAUAAAAUUUUUAUUUCAUUCCUUUCAGAGGAUGCCUUUUAUUCCCCAUAUCAAAGCACAGAUUAUUAAGCAAUAAGAAACAAAAUUGUCUGUCAUUCAAAUUAUAAUUGCAGUUAUUCUCGUAUGGUAAGAGUGAGGUGCUAAUUUUGUGUGAGAAGAAUUCGUGACCACUUGGGAAAUGUAUUUUGGAAGUAAGAUUUUUUCCCUUCCUCCUUUAGACUUUUGCUUCCAUUUUGUCUCAAAUUCACAAUCCAUGAAAGAAAAGUAGAAUUGUUUGAGAGACUUCUAAGAAAAGCUGCUUGUAAUGAACAUUUCAGAUUUUCCUAAAUGUGGGUUGGCAAAGAGCUCCGUUCCCUCUGUACUGGCAGAGUCUGCUGUCCCAUCUUAACCUUGAGAGUGUCACUACACUGAGUCCCACUUCAGGCAUGCCAGUGAACUUAGAAGGGCACAGCAGUCUGCACAGGGCUUUCCAGAGGCCUUUCUCUUUAAUUACAGUUCCCCAUGAGGGGUUUCAUUUCCAGUACAUUUAUACGACUCACAGAAUGUGGGAUUCCUCCCCUUUGGAGUAUUUUUAUAGUUAGGUGGAUAACUCUGCCACAGAUGCAUGGAUUGCACAUUUGACUCUGUAAGAUACUUAAUAUGAAAAUAUGCCAAAAAGGAAGCAUAUCUUACAAUUUUCCCAUGUAACUAGGUUGGUCUAGCACAAAAUGCAAAGUCUUAGGGCAGAGAGGGAAUGAUGAAAAUUUUUUAUGUAUGAUUGUUGAAAAAUGUUUCAUUACUGGCCUGUCAGAAACCCUAACAAUGCAUUGUGAAACAAAUGAUGUAAAUUAAAUUAGCUUUGAAAAGUGGUAAGGGAUCGUAAAGAGAAUCUCAGACUCAAUGCUCUCUGACCACAUGACCUUUUUUUAUUUAGUAAUACGCUGCUACAUUUUUGGAGGUUCUGGUGUUUGUAGGUCACUGAACAGACAUUGAAAUCUGAUUUAUAUUGUAUAACUGUAACAUAGAAAGAAAAAGUAUUUAUAUAUUUUCCUUAAGAAUAUUUCAUUGAGUUGUGUAUAAUUUAAAUAAGAUUUGUUCCCAAAUGGUUUUGCUCACCUUGAUUUUGUUGUUGUUGUGGUUUUAUUGUUUUUGUAUAAUGUGUACAGUUUAUGUUAAGGGCAUUAAAGCCUCCUGAAACAUAAUCUUAUCAAAGGGAUUCAUUGUUAAUAAAAUGUACUUAAAAUUCUUAAA